GUCUUGGUCUUCCUUGCCUUUAUAGUUUUCUCUCUCCCUUAUCUCUUUAUCACUUAGAUUCACCAUCACCCAUUCCUGUCCCCCUGCUCAACAGUGUUCUCCUCCUGCUCAUUUGAACCUAGCGGUCUUGCUUGCUGGAUUGCUGUCAUUGAUCUCAUCCCGUUCACCGGUUUGCUCAGGGAAGUCUACUCGGAAAAGUGACCGAUUCACCCAUGGCCAUUGGAGAGAUCAUUUUGGGUUCCUUCUUGGCUUCCCUCUUUCAAGUCUUGUUUGAAAAGUUGGCUUCUCUCCCUUUGGGCUCUACACAACAAGAAGGAAUCAGCAUUGCCCCGCUCAAGGGGUGGGAGGAAAAGCUGACAAUGAUCAAUGCAAUGCUGGCUGAUGCAGAGGACAAGCAACUCGAAGGUGAUCAUCAAGUGAAGCUAUGGUUGGAUGAUGUUGGGGACUUGGCCUAUGACAUGGAAGACUUGCUCGAUGAGUUUGCCAUCAAAACUGCUCAAGUUAAGAUGGAGGUAGAAUCCAGCACAAGCAAAGGUCGAAUGAAAUGGAAGUUCUCUUGCUUUGGCCGAAAUAAACCCUCCAGAUGGAAUCCGAACCCAUUCUCACUCGUGUCUAAAACCAUGGUCCAAGAGAUCAAUGGCAGGUUGGAAGCGAUCGUCAACAGGAAGGCUCAUUUAGGCUUGGAAGUGAUCGUCGACAGGAAGGCUUGUUUAGGCUUAGAAGCGAAUGUUGUGAAUAGAUCCAAUUGCAUCAAUAAAAGGGUUCCCACUAGUUCUCUACCGGAGCGUCGGUUUUUUGGCAGGGAGGAGGAAGAAAGGGAGAUACUCAAACUAUUGAUCCAUGAGGUCAAAAAUGACACACUAAGCAUAGUCCCCAUAGUUGGGAUGGGCGGUGUUGGAAAGACGGCCUUGGCUCAGCAGCUAUAUAAUAAUGCCGAAGUGAAUAGCUAUUUCGAGAAGAGAGCAUGGGUUUGUGUCUCGGAUGUUUUUGAUGUCCUUGACAUAACAAAGACUAUUUUGCAAUCGAUCACCGGAUUGUCCAACGAGGGUAAAGAUCUUAAUGAGCUUCAAGUUAAGUUGAAGGAUAGUCUAUCUAGUAAGAAGUUUCUUGUGGUUUUAGAUGAUAUAUGGAAUGAGAAGCAUAAAGAAUGGGAUGCUCUCUCAAAGCCAUUUGAAGCGGGGGCUAAGGGAAGCAAGAUCAUCAUCACGACUCGCAGCUGUGAAGUUGCUUCCAUAACAAAAGCUUCACCAUAUCCUUUAAGGGAAUUGUCCUUUGAUAAUUGUGUAAGCUUAUUGGCCUUUCAUGCUCUUGGAGCAACAAAUUGUGAGAGACACCUCGCCUUUGAAAUAAUAGGCAAGAAAAUAGCUAAAAGAUGUCAAGGUUUACCUUUGGCAGCGAAAUUGUUCGGCAGUGUCCUAUGUACUAAGAAAACUCGUGAGGAAUGGCAAGAUACCUUAAAUAACAAAAUAUUGAAUCUUCCGAUGGCAAAGAAUGAUGAGGUUCUUCCAGUUUUAAGAUUGAGCUAUGUCCAUCUUCCUUCCCAUUUGAAGAGGUGUUUUGCUUAUUGUGCGAUAUUUCCUAAGGAUUACGAAAUUGAGAGGGAUGAGUUGGUACUCUUAUGGAUAGCGGAGGGAUUGUUAGAUGGACAAAAAACAAAUGAGAACAUCUUGAAAUUGGGACUGAAUCACUUUGAUGAGUUAGUAUCCAGGUCAAUUCUUCAACAGUCAAGUAUCAACGCAUCUAAGUUUUCAAUGCAUGAUCUUUUGAAUGAUCUAGCAAAGUCAAUUGCAAGAAGGACUUGCUUUAGCUCGGGGGGCUCUCAGGUGGCAAGAUAUGAACAUGAUGUACCAUCUCUUGAAAAAACUCGUUAUGCAUCAUUCAUCUCAUCGUGGCAUGUUGAAUCAAAAUGCCUAAAACCAUAUCAAGGAAUGAAGGCACUAAGAAGUUUAAUUCUAGUGCGUGAUGGAUCUAGUGAGGGCUCUUUCUCUAUUUCCAACAUGGCACUGCAUGACUUGCUAACAAACUUGGAGUACUUGAGAGUAUUCUUGUUAUGUCAUUGUGAUAUCGUAGAGGUACCGGAUUGUAUUGGUGAUUUAAAACAUCUUCGAUAUCUCAAUUUCUCGUACACUUGUAUCGAGAGGCUACCUGAGUCAAUCGUUGGCCUGUGCAAAUUACAAGCUCUGAUCUUAAGAGGUUGUGAAAGUCUUUUGAAGUUGCCUCAAGGUAUCACAAAGUUAGUUAGCUUACAGUUUCUUGAUAUUAGAGAUACAGUGAGUCUAAAGGAGAUGCCGUUGGGUAUCGGUAAUUUAAAGAAUCUUAUUAUCUUGUCCAAAUUUGUGGUAGGACAAGAGAAAGGGUCGCAGUUGAAAGAGUUAAAGAACUUGCCACAUCUUGAAGGAGAAUUAUUCAUAUCAGAAUUGCAAAAGGUGGAAAAAGUUAUAGAUGCAGCUGAUGCUAAUUUGCUUCGAAAGCUAGACCUUGCCAACUUAUCCCUGCACUGGGAUAAACAUGUGGGAAAUCGCCAUAAUCAUGAGCUUGAAGCACAAGUGCUUGACUUUCUGCAACCUCACACUAAUCUUGAAAAUCUCACUAUUUUGAACUAUGGUGGUGCAAGAUUUCCAUCAUGGUUAGAUUGUACAUAUUCCAAAAUAGUGUCUUUAUGCUUGUGGGACUGUCCUAAUGUUGUGUUGCUGCCUAUGAUUGGACAACUACCUUCACUUAAGGAAUUAUCUCUUAAAGGUCUAUAUGCAAUAGGAAGGUUAGGCUUUGAAUUCUAUGGAGGCGAGAUGCCUUUUUCAUCAUUAACAACUUUGAAGUUCGAAGAGAUGUCGACAUGGAGGGAUUGGUCUCCUUAUGUCGAGGGCCUAGAAGGAAAAGUUUCACUCUCUUGUCUUCUGCAUCUUGUUGUCCGAGGCUGUCUUUUGUUGGUUGGGACAUUACCUGAUCGACUUGAUCAUCUCAUAAAGCUUGAAAUUCAUUCAUGUCCGCUUUUGGAAAACUCAACCAAUGUUUGCCUUCCAUCUCUCCGUGAGUUGUUCCUUGAGGAUUGUAACAAGGAGAUCUUGAAGAGCUUGGUCAACCUAACUUCUUUGACCAUUCUUACAAUUAAGAAUCUUGCAAAGCUUGUUUGCUUUGAUCAUGGGUUUAUGAGCCACUUGAUCAAGCUAAAGGAGCUUCAUAUAGAAGGGUGUGACCAGUUAAAAUACUCGCGGCAAGAUGGAAAUGAAAUGCUAAAUCUCACUUGUCUCCAGGAAUUAACCAUCGUAAGUUGUCCUCAGUUCACAUCAUUCGUGCCAAGAGAAAGAGAAAUAGAGCUACCGUGCAACCUUGAAAAGAUGGAAUUGAGUAAUUGCACCAGUUUAGAAAAGCUUCCAAGCAAGAUGUACACACUCAGUUAUUUAUCUAUUAGAGAGUGUCCAAAACUCAUAAGACCAACCAUUUGUUCAUAUGACCCCAACAGCAACAACCCGAUUCCUCAACUUCAAUCUUCAUGUACAAGUAAAUGUGAUUCUCUGACAUCUUUUCCCUUAGCCAAAGGUAGACUUGCUACUCUGAAGGAAUUUUCUAUUAAAUGCUGCAAGGGAGUGAAGUCGUUGGAAGAGAUGAUCGUAGAAUCGCUCGAAUCUAUGAUAAUUGGCGAUUGUGAGAAUCUAAGAAGCCUACCGCAAUGCCUUCACACGUUCUCCCAUCUCACUUACUUGUAUAUAAGGGACUGUCCAGCACUGGAGAUAGAGGACCAUCCUGCCCUUCCCCUCACCCUAUCGGUUCUCAUGCUUAAGAGAUGUUCGAAGAUAAAAUCUAUUGCUAGCCUUAGUAAUCUCACUAUUUUUGAAAUAAGUUAGUGUCCAGCAUUGGAGAUAGAGAAUUUCCCUCCCCUUCCCAUCACCUUGUCUUCUCUUACACUUGAUGAUUGUCCGAAGAUAAAGUCUCUGCCAAAUCGGUGGCGUCAUCUUACAUCCCUCAGUUACCUAUGGAUUGCACAUUGCCAAAAUAUCGAAUGCUUGCCCAAAGGAGGUUUGCCUCCCAAUUUAAGGACCCUCGUUAUUUAUGAGUGCGAGAAUUUGGAGCCAGAGCCAGUGAGAGAAUGGGGCUUUCACCGGCUCACGUCCCUCACGUUUCUAGAUAUUGACGGAAGAAUCAUGGGAGGGGAGGGAGAGAAGGUGCGGUUUCCUUCGGGGGACGAGGACGAGGAGGAUGCGUGGCGUCUUCUCUAUCCUUCUUCUCUAACACAUCUUCAUAUAAGAAAUAUGAGGAACGUGGAAAGAUUAUCACGCGGUCUUCGGAACCAUCUCUCCUCUCUCCAAGAGUUAAACAUUUGUGAUUGCCCGAAGUUGAGGGACUUGCCAGAGGAUGGCCUCCCUCCCUCCCUCCAUUAUUUGUGGAUAACACGAUGCGAGAAUCUGAAAGAUCGAUGCUCAAAACACACCGGCGACUAUUGGCCCCUCAUCCAAGAGAAUCCUCUCAUCUUCAUUGAUGGCUCUCGGAUCUAAUAAAUUGAUUCGUCCUGCUACGGUCAGGUUUUCUAGCGUUCGGGUAAGCUUAUGGUUUCGAAGGCAUCGAUUUCCCAUUCUGCUUCCUCAACUCGAUGCUCAAUACAAAUCGAUACUUUCCCAUGUAGAUGUUUCACGUAACUUUAUGGAAGUCCAAGAAAUCCCUAACAUACGCAUUGAUUGGGUUCAGAUUCAAUGAAGUGAGAUCGAUCCGCUUUCGCUUUCAUUUGCCAAAUGCCACGAUUCAUCCUUCAAUGUGCAGUCAAUUUUCUUGCAGUUAGGCAUCCAUCUCAUCUACUGCGUUGGGCCUGCUUUUCUCUUCAGUCACUGCAAUGCACUUUCGAACAGCAAGUGAUUUAGCCUCCUCUGCAGGCAUGCAUCUCCUCUGUUUCAUUUCCGGCCUCAAUCCCAACAAAGGCAUGUUAUAUUUUUGGCUGAGAAAUAUGAGGGAUGUGGAAAGACUAUCAACUGUGGACGAUGUAACAAGCGUGGAGUAUUCUGUUUCCUUCGUCUCUACAUCUCUUUGGAUGAGAACUAUGAGGAAUGUGGAAAGAUUAUCAAGUGAUCUUCACAGCUAUCUCUCCAUUCUCGAAUGGCUACAUUUUAUGGGUACUGGAACUUGCCAGAGGAUGGCUUCUUUCCCUCCUCCAAGUAUUCAGCACAAUGCAAUUUCAAAUUCUGAAAGAUUGAUGCUCAAAACUCAGUGGUGACUAUUGGCACCUCAUCCAAGAUAUCCAGCUCAUCGUAGCUGAUUGAGUUUGGGUAAUAUAAGAAGAUAUCUCUCCAAUGUCUAAUUUUUGUCCUUCAGGCAGAAAGGAGCAAUAAGGAAGACUAUGAUUUGUCCAAAUUCUAGGAUAUUUCUAUGCAAGAUUCUGAAAGAUCAAUGCUCAAAACUUGCUGGCAACUAUUGGCCCCUCAUCCAGGAGAUCCCUCCCUUCUACAUUGAUGGUGUUCAAAUCAAAUGAAUUGAAAUUGAUCACACCCGAGCCAUGACAAAUGAUUUAUCUCCAUUGACUACUUUUCCUUCUUCAGGUUUUUGGAUGAGAAAUAUGGGGAAUGUGGAAAGACCAUCAACGGUGGAUGAUGUAUGAUGCAUGGAGUCUUCUGUUUCCUUCCUCUCUAACCUCUCUUUGGAUGAGAAAUAUGAGGAGUGGAAAGACUAUCAAGUGGUGUUCAUGGUCAUCUCUCCUCCCUCAAACAGUUAUAAAUUGUAUGUUGCUCGAAGUUUGGGUACUUGCCAGAGGAUGGCUUCCCUCCCUCCCUCAACGUAUUCCACAUAAUUCAAUGUGAGAUUUUGAAGGAUGGAUCCUCUUUUGCGGGCAACUACCAGCGCCUCAUCCAAGAAAUCCCACUCAUUGUGAUUAAUCUAGUUCGGAUCCAACAGGAAUAUUUCUCUCCACUGUCUUAAGUUUUGCUCUUCAGGUAAUGAUUCGGACUUCUUUCUUUCACACUUGUCAUUUAGCUACUGCUACUCCAGGAUCCAUUUUCAUUAUGCUUCCUCAACUCAAUGCUAAAAUGUUAAUUUUUUUCCAUGGACGUGCUUCACAUAAAUGUCCACAAACCAGCUGCUGAAUGUCCAACGUUGACAUUUUGGUUGCCCUGUUUUGUUUACCGAGGAAGUACACAAUGAAAUGGUUAUAAUGCUAAUGUGGUACAGCCAAUGACAAUUCCUCGAACAAAUAAUACCUCCAUGGACUUGCUCAUGGUGCUGGAAUUAUGAUGCGUGAAAUGUGCCUGUCUAUAUUGAUUAUAUAUCUAGAAUUUUGUGUGAUGGCCAAAAAUUGCUUAUCUCUGCACUUGGAUGACACAUAAAGAAUUUGCAAAUGGAAAUGAACAAUGCAUUGCGUGAGAAUUAUGAAAAAUUGUCACUCUCAUAUCGAAAUUGUUCUGCAAUUUCAGCAUUUGCUAUAUUUUCUCUUCCAAAUAUUGGU